GCGGGUUGCUCGUCAUCCUUCAUGUCGUCCUCGGUGACCCCCACGAUAUCGACGGUGCCUACCAUCACUUCAUCAUCGUCCAUUCCUUGCGAAGCUGCCGAAGGGAGCGCUUCCAACACUCCCCUUACGCCUCCAACCCGUCCUCUAGCCCGUCCUCGACGUCCCACCCGUGAUCUUCCUCCCUUACCAUCCGAUGAACCACCUGUCCCAAGCAAUGGCCCACGAGCUUCAUCUCUCAUAGAUAACACAUUGCAGCACGAUUUUCAAGAACAUGCUGACCCUUCAGAGAUCCUAACGCCUCUACGUGCACAUUACCUCAAGAAAACCUUAAUCCACCUCCAAUUCCAGCGGGAAUUAGAUGCUAUCACUACCACCACACCCAAUAACAUAUCUACAUUUUCUUACCUCGGCCCACCUUUUACUGCUCCUCCCCGGGAUGCCCCGCCGAUCGAUCUUCCUUUUCUGCGAUUCAUAUUUCGCCAGUUUGUACUGACAUUUCCCUUCAUGGCCGCCGCACCGAAGGAUUUCUACUCGGAAAAGCUUCAGCCCUUCAUCGGUGCUAUGCUUUCGCGCAAUCUCUCGCCUUCUUCCGUGUUUGAUGAUGAUUCAGAUGCAGAGAAAACCUCACGACUGAAGCUGCUCACUCGCAUAGAGAGAAAUCUAUCGUUGUUCAUUGGCGCUGCUACGAAGCUAGUAGAACGGGAAGAAGUGGUGCGCCUCAGUCAGUCAGACCUCGACCGGAUAGAAACAUUGGCGAAGAAAAGAGAGGCGAAGAACUUGAGGCGGAAAGAAAUCUUUGAAGUGAAUAUCGUCAGCGUUAGAACGGUGACAGAUAAGGGCAGAAUGCGCAGCCGAAUGCAUGAGGAAUUUAUUAUCCGAACACGCAGAUCCAAUCAUCCGGAUUGGUUUGUUUCAAGAAGAUACGGCGAUUUUCGGACUCUCGCCAACGAGCUUAGAAAGGCCCACUCUCAAGAGGAAAUACCCUCACCUCCACCUAAAAAUCGUACCGCAGUCAACGCGCCAACUUCACCACCCCCAACAACUCCUGCCUGCACGGAGAGGCAGACGUUUGGCCAGCAGUCAUGGGAUGAACAAUCAGUUGGAUCACCCGAAUCUUACAUCUUCUCGCCUUCCCAACCGACGCAUCCAUCACUUCUUUCCAGGGAGAAGAAUAGGCUUACAUUGCGCGCCUACCUACAUUCUCUACUCUCCUUACCUACCACCGCAUCUUCCCCUGUCUUGAGAUCCUUCCUUCUAUCUGGCCCAACUACGCUAACUUCGGAAGAGCUUGAAGAUGCAAGAUGGAGAGAAGAGGCCGACAAAGCUAGGGAGGAAGGGAGGAAGAAAUUUGCUGCAGAAAUUGCUAGUCGUGUGGACGGGCUACGUUCGGCUGUUCGUGAAGUCAAAGGGGAUGUCAUGGGGAAAGAUGGCCUCACUACGGUUUUUGCUACGAUUAAAGUGACCCCACAUGUGCGAGAUCUACCCCCAAAUUACCAGAGUGUGAUUGAGUGGGCUCGAAUAUCAUUGGCAUCCACUGUAUUCCAACAGCUAGUUGCUUCCGACAGAGCUUCGGAAACGUUCGCAAGUUUGAAGCGGUUACAUGGCCUGAUGCCAUACUUCAUGCUCAAAACUGCCCUCAAGAUUACCAAUCCCAUCGGGAUGAUCCGUAGUGUUUUGGAUCUUUUCCUUGCUCAACCCUUUGGUGGACGGAGUCUUUUGCAGAGAAUGUUCACAGGCUCCUUAACAGAAGAGGUUAAGCAACUGGAAGAAGAAAUUGAGGCUGUCAAGGCGAAAGUAGAGGAUCCUGUCAUGUGCGAAAAGAUACGGCAAUUUGUGUACGCUUCACGAGAAAUUCAGACUACCUACAAGUCGGAUGCUGCGGCUGAAAACCUCAACCUUCUUACAAUCAUACUUCGUUCUGGGGACCAGCCGGUUCUGUCGAGAACGCAACUACAUCGAGUAGCCAAGGCGCACAAAGCUUAUGUCAUUUACAUGCGAUAUCGGGAAACAUUGGAUGACUCAGAUGACGACGACGGACCACAGGAUGACGAUGGAUGGCUGUACGAAGAUCUCAAAGUGCUGGGCCAUCUCUAUUCGCGACUGAGAGACAGAGAACAGUUGAUUGCUCUCAUCUUUGAAGGUUUUACUGCAGAGCUUCUGAAGGAUAUCAUCACGAUAUUCUAUGCACCACUGGCCCAGGUAUACCGUGCUGCAAGUAUAUCGGACUCUCUGGGAGACCUCCAGAACUUUAUCAAUGAUCUCAUUAGGACAGUGGAACAGAAUGAAGAUCUCUCGCAAGAAGAUCCUGACCGGACGGUGCAGACAUUCAUAGAUCUCAUCAAACGCCACGAGCAAUCCUUUUAUAACUUUGUUCACAAAGUACACUCGAAAGGAGAAGGUCUAUUCGACAGUCUCAUGAAGUGGAUAGAGCUCUUUCUCACCGUCAUCAGAGAAGGAAUUGGCUCCCCUCUUAGCUUGGAGUUUCUUCUUCCCUACAUGGGAAAGGAACGAGCUGAUAUCUUGGCCGAAGUGGACAAAGUCGCAUUGUAUCACUACAAGCUCAAAGUUCUCUACGAGGAUAAGAUCAGGCGGAGAUUCGGUCGAACACGAGGACAACACGAUGCCGAUGCUGAAGAUGAAGCAACCAAAGCUCUAGUAGAGGGCGUUGUUGGAGAAAUCAGCUUCGGAGAACUUGCUCAAGGCGAUGCGUUUGAUGUCGCUGCCGAGGAGACGGAUGAGGAUGAGGAUUCGAGCGAGUAUUAUUCCAGUUCGGAAGAUGACCCGGACGAAAGCGAGGAGGACGAAAGUGAUGACUCGUCGAUACCAAAUUCAUCCCGACUGAGGCCAGCACGGUCUGACACGUCGCAUCGGGGACCAGCCCCACUGCACUCACCUCUACGCUCCAAUUCUCGACCGCCUGAAAACCAGAGGUCUACUUCUCUGCGAAUUCCAGGGCGUUUGAAGACCUCUCGUUCGUUGAUAUCACUGACUCGACCAUCACGACGUAGUGAAGAUGUUCCUCCAGUUCCCUCCAUGCCUGGAACGCCCCGGACACCUCUGCGUACUGCCAUGUCGAAACCUCUUCCCCCGAGCCCUGUACCCAAACACCCUCCCAACAACAAUAGUGGAACUUCGUCGCCUAAACUUAACAAACGCAAGGGCAGAAGUUUGCAACCUCCCGAGCUAAUUCAUAUACCGCAACUACUUCCGAUCUUCAAGGAGAUGAUGCGUCCGAACCUUCAGCCACGACAACGGACACAGUAGAUAAUUUCUCUCAAUUUACGGACUGUUUCUUUUUUGUAUUCAGUGUAUCUCCACGAACAUGUACUUCGAAAACGAUUAUAUUAAGUUUGUACUCACCACGCCCACCUUGAUGCUGACCUCGGACGCUAGUAUAGAGAGAUGCAGUCAUACCAUCUGUUCGUUACUCAGUGAAGGUUCCCUUGAG